UUUACAUUUUUUUUUUUUGUAUUACAUGUUACCUUCAUCACCAAAAGACAUACCAAUGACAUCGUCUCAUUUUGGUUCUCCUCCAAAAACCAAUUAUCUAUAUGGUGACUCACCUACCUCCAGUCUGUCUAGUCCAAAGUUUUCUCGACGUACUGCUGAUACAGAUAUUUCUAACAAGACUUCCAAUUUUGUGCCUCCUCGCCUAAACAAAGGGUUAGAUAUAUUUGCAACUAGUCCACCACUUCGAAGUCAAUCUAUUAUGGAAAAUGGUCAUGGUUCUCCUCAUAUGUCUUCGUCACCUAUUACUACUACUACUACUUGUUCACCAUCUGAUCCUCGAUCCCUUCUGAAGGCUGCUAGUACCCUUAUAAAAUCUCGUAAUGGUACUGUUUUGACAAGAAAUACAAUUCUUAAAGCAGAUCAUUUUUCAAGUGGAACAAACACCAAUUUAGAUCUUCAUCUUCAAGGAGGACCUAACUUUAGAGCUGCUGAAUUAGAUGUCUAUGGUGUAGCACAACCAACGGUCAUCGGAUUAUCUACCAUCUUAUCCAUUUUGAAUUGUCAUCCAAAAAGUGUCAAUCGUGUAUCUUGUACUUGGUUUUCUACUCGCGAAGAACCUUUAGUCUAUCUCAAUGGAUAUCCAUAUUGUUUACGUGAAUAUGCCAAUCCUAUGCAAAAUAUGAAUAUGUUUUGGGGUAUCAAUGCAACUCGAUUAGAAAAAGUGGAAGAAAGACUCAAAACUGAUAUUAUUAAGGAAGCAAAUUCGAUGAAUGGUCUUAUUUUGGCUCAUCAAGAAUUAUCUGAUGGAACUGUAGUACCCUGUUAUCUUGCAGCAGAUAAGGUUCAAACUCCUAGUGAAGUCUUUCAAGAAUUCCAACAACAAGGCUAUCAAUUGAAAUACUUUCGGAUUCCUAUAUCUCCUGAACAAGGCCCAGAAGAUAAUUACUUUGAUGAAUAUGUACGUGUUAUUAGAACAUUGGAACCAACCGAGCCUUUAAUAUUCAAUUGUGGUAUAGGCAAUGUACGAACUACUGUGGGGAUUAUCAUUGCUCAGAUUAUCCGUCGAACUCAGCUUAUCGAACGUGGUUAUCGUGAUCCAUUCAUCAUUCCCGGUUAUGAUUAUCAAUCAGCAUCCAAAAAUACGUCGGAACCAGUGGUAUCAUUGGAACUUGGUAAUCCAAAGGCGAAAUAUCAAGAAACCUUAUUACGAUUAGUAUAUGUAUUGGAACAAGCUUUGGAAUCAAAAAUGUCAACGCAUUCUGCAAUCGAAUGGGCUUUGGAACGAGGCAAUAUCAUGGACAAUUUAAUGGAAGCAAUAAUGGGCAAUUAUCAUUCAGUGGUGGCUCUUACUUCUGUAUUGGAUAGUGGAGUUUUUAGCAAACGUAUUUUAGAUGAAAUGAUUGAUCGAUCUGAUGCUGUAGUGAACCUGCGUGAAAUUAUCUUGACCAAUCGUAUUCGUUACAACAAUACAACAGCAUCUUCCUCUUCUUCCAAGAAUAAUAAACCCAAUGGCAGUGGCAAUGGAUAUGAAAAGAAUCUUUAUUUGGAAAAAGCAUCCAAGGCACUUCAACGUUACUUCUUUUUACUCUGUUUUAUGGCAUAUAUCAACGAAAGUCCCAAUACUCGGUUUGAAACUCGAUUCUCGUCUUGGAUCAAGGCUCGUACUGAAAUAUGGUCUAUGCUACAAAAUAUGCGUCGUAAAGGUCCUCGGCUUUAUUAUUUCCGUCCAAUAGAAGAACUACAAUCUAUUGAACAUGGUUAUGGACAUGGAUCAACAUUGACUUUAUCUCAUGCUCGUUUUCAUGGUAGUUCGAAGGGUAUGUUUGAUAUGAAAGGCGCAGGAUCACAACAUGAUGAUAUUGUUGUUACUGAAGUAGAAAACUUUAUUAUUCAGUCUCGAAAAGGUGCAGUAUUUACAGCUCAAAAUAUCCUCAAGGUCGACUUUUGGUAUUAUCACUACCUAGAUAAUGAACGACAGGAAUAUACGGUUAUCCAUUCAAGAACUCCACGACAACUCGAUAAUAUCAACAAUUAUAAUCAUCCUCAAACUCAUCAUUCAUUUUAUAUUGAAGGUGCAUCCAAUUUUAGACGAAUUGACAAUACUCAUGUUUAUGGUAUAGCACAACCAACGAUAUAUGGACUAAAGCAAGUGAUACGACAACUACUUACCGAUCGACCAAGAAACGAACGAAUACUUUGGAUCAAUCUACGAGAAGAGCCUAUUAUAUAUAUUAAUGGAGUUCCUUAUGUCCUUCGUGAUAGAUACUUUACUCUUCGCAACAUUCGAGCGUAUAAAGGAAUCACUGGCGCAAGAUUAGAACAACUGGAAGAUCGACUUAAAGAAGAUAUUGUUCAAGAAAUCAAUAAUUACGAAGGACGGAUAUUACUUCAUGGUGAAAAUCAAGAUGGCCAAGUGUUUUCUCAAUGGGAAGAAGUCUCUGUGGAUGAUGUAUUGACCGUGCGUGAAGUAAUGGAAUCUAUGACUGGCGAAAUGUCUGAAGAAUUAGAGUUGGAUACAGCUCAAGGCAACAUGCUGACUUACCAUCGUAUCCCUAUUACUGCAGAAAAGGUACCUACUUAUGAAGAUUUUGAUGAAUUACGAGCUAUUAUUGCUACAGCAGAUCUUGGAAAAACGGCUCUUGUCAUGAACUGUCAAAUUGGGCUUGGAAGAUCUACAACAGGAACUGUCAUCGCCACAUUGCUUACCCGUUGGGUACAUCAACAAUCAUCAAUAUCUGGUUCUAUACCUUCGCAAGAAGAAGAAGAAGAAGGAACAAAUGAUCGACAACGACAACAAGAGAAACCUCUGACAAUACGACGUCGAAACUACCAAAUUAUUAACAGUCUUUUACGGGUGAUCAAACAUGGCCUGGAAAACAAACGCAUUGUGGAUGAUGUACUGGACAAGUGUGGCCUAACCAUCAAUCUUCGUGAUAUUAUUGAAAAAGCUAGGGUUCAAGUGGAAAAUGAAACAGAUCCGGACAAAAGGAAAACCAAGAUCAAACGUGGCAUUGUCGCUUUGGAACGAUAUUAUGUGCUUAUCUGUUUCCAGGCUUAUUUGGACAACACCUCCCCCGAAUUAUUGCAUGAAACAGAAUCAUUUGGGCAAUGGAUGAAACGACAUCCUGAACUUGCGACCAUUUUGAAGGAAUUACAAUCUACUGACAGUUUGGAAAGUAUUGUGCCUGUGGAACUUACAAUACCAUCAUCGCUAUCAUCAACAACAGUAACGACCACAAUGACAACAACAGCAAGUUCAGCGGAUAGCAACAAACUUGUCAUACAAGGCGAUGGAAUAGCUCUGACAAGUGAAGUGGUACAUGUAUUGCAAGCUCGAACGGGACAAGUAUUAGGUCAAAACUCUAUUCUCAAACAUGAUGCUUUCCCUGGUUGUCAAAAAAUGGGUCUACGUGAAAAAAUUCCUGGUGCUUACAAUUUCCGACGUAUACCUGUGGAUCAAGUGAAACGAGCAGUAAAGUAUGGAGGCAAAGCAUCUACGGUGGGUGGUCUAGCUGUGGACAUGGAUAUCUUACAACUGAUGAAUACCGAUUACUCCAAUGAUGGUACGAAAAUCAAUAGCAAGAACAACGAUGAUAGUAUAGAUACACUCUUAGCUGCAUCGGACUAUCAAAUAGCACCACCUUAUAUUUGUGGUUGUGCCAUGCCAAACAAAGACGCAAUCAAGGCAAUACUCAAGGCAAUGAAUGCUGGGCCUGGUGGAAAACGAAAAGUACUCUGGACAUGUCUUCGUGAAGAACCUGUAUUAUACAUCAACAAACGACCCUAUGUACUACGACUUCACAAUAAUCCUCUUCGAAAUUUGGAAACGACUGGUAUUGCGAAAGAACGAGUGGAACAUAUGGAAAGGAUCAUGAAACGAGAUGUGAUGGAAGAACUGGUGGCGUACAAUGGACGCCUUUUAUUACAUGGAGAAGAAACAGCCGAAAAAGGUGGAUUUAUUUUAUUGCCGACAUGGGAAACUGUACCACCAGAUUGUGUUGAAACUCCUGAUCAAGUAUUCCAAUCCAUUAUUGAUGAAGGUUAUCAAGUCAAUUACUUUAGAAUACCAAUCACUGAUGAACAAGCACCUAUUCCUGAUGUCUUUGAUCAAUUUAUUGAUCGUAUGAAACUCUCAAAUCAACAAACUGAUAUCAUGUUCAACUGUCAAAUGGGUCGUGGCCGUACAACAACUGGCAUGGUAACAGCCUGUUUACUAUCGAUGAUUGCUAAAUCCAAUGAUAUUUCUGAGAUUGGAUCAACUUCAGAAGUAUCAUUAUCAUUUGGGGACAUGGAACAAUCUGAAGAAAAUAAUGAUGAACAGCAUCGAUUACAAAAUGGAGAUUAUCGGGUUAUUCUGCAACUCAUUAGUGUACUUAGUCAUGGAAAAUUGGCGAAACGGCUGACUGAUCAAGCAAUCAAUAUGUGUGACCAUAUGCAGAAUUUACGGAAAGCGAUUUAUGAUUUGAAACUUCGAAUGGAUGCGGCUGAAAUGGGAUCAUCUAAACGACAUAUCGCUGAAGAAGGAUUUUUGAAUUACCUUGUACGAUACUUUUAUUUGAUUGUGUUUGCAAAUUAUCUAUUGGAAAUGGUGAAACAACAACAGAAUCAAGAUUCAACACUACCGAUUGAAAAUGGGACAUCCUUAUCAUCUUCAUCAACAGGUGGACUAGCAACAAUGAUUGAAGAAUCAUCAGGAUUAUCUUUUAAAUCUUGGUUAAAACGUCACCGGGAAAUCUUGAAUCUCAUCAAAUAUCAAUCCAAAGAAUUGUCUUGAUUAUUAUUUUAGUCUAGAUGCUUCAUUUAUAUACUGUUUUAUAUAUAUAUAUAAUAAAGUUACUUUUUAAAUUACC